GCUUGGCCUGAUUUGAAGAAAAAAUGGAUGGUAAGUGAAGGCACGGCAUAGGCAUAGGGCACCAGCGUAAUUUUUCUUCAAUAAAAACAAUAAAACCGGAAAAAACAAAAUUUUUUCCUGGUUUGGUGGGUGGUGCGAAAUCGAACGCUUUGUCCUUCUCUCUCUCAUUCUCUCCCAUUGCGUUGCCUCCUCGAUUUUGUUCCUGCAAAUCCCUGCCUGGAUCUGUAAGUUAUUUUCCGUUUUCUUAUUAUUAAACUUAUUUGUAUCUUGUCAUAGAGAUCGAAUGCAUUCAAUUCCACCCAAUUUUGCUCUCUUGUGACAUUUUCAUCUUAAGUUAUGCUUCUGCAACUUCUGAGCCAUCUCCAAAACCCUAGAUCUUGCUUUUUCGCCUUUUUAUGGCUUUGAUUUAGGUUCUUAAUUUUUGGAUCUCGAGGUUUUGGUUACAUUAAAGCUCAAAUUUUGAGGAGUUGGACGAGCAGAGCUGUAAAUUGGGAACACAAUUGGAGGGUAUAUAGGUUUUAUUUUUGUAGAUCGUUAGGGCAAAGAGUGUUAUUUUAGAUGGCUUCCAAUCCUCCAUGUCAUGUGAUGGAGGAUCAGACGGAUGAGGAUUUCUUUGAUAAAUUAGUUGACGAUGAUUUUGGACCCACCAAUUCUGAUUCGGUCCCUAAGUUCACGGAGGGAAGCGAUUCCGAUGAGGCCAAAGCGUUUGCCAAGCUGAGUAUUGAGGAUGCAAGCGGUGAAGGUGGAGCUGAGGUGAAAGGCGAGAAUGAUUCUGUGCAUGCCAGUGCAAGAUUAUCCGGUUUACAUGUAGAAGAAAGUAAUACUUUGGAUUCAUCCAACUCAUUGGGGUCGAAUACUAUAGUUGAGUCAAAUAAUGAUGGGAUUGAAUCAGAAGUUGUACCAGAUCCAGUAUUAACUAAAACUAUCGAAUCAUCAAACUCAGGGGUUAAGGAGGUGGGAUGGAGUUCAUUUUAUGCUGAUUCUGUUCCUAACAGGAAUCAUGAAUUUGGUUCGUAUUCAGAUUUUUUUAAUGAUUUGGGAGAUACUUCCCAGGAUUUUCCUGGGAAGGUUAAUGAAGCUGCUAAUUUAGAGAAUAGUGAUGGUUACAGAUUGCAUAAUUCAGCCGGUUAUGGGGAAUAUCAAGAUGGAGCUCAAAGUUAUGGUGGAUCCGCUGAAGAGGGUGUAAAUGGGCAGGAUUUGAAUAGCAGUCAGUAUUGGGAGAACAUGUAUCCCGGGUGGAAAUUUGAUGCCAACACUGGGCAGUGGUAUCAAGUGGAUAGUUUUGAUGCAACAGCCGUCCAAGAGAGUUCUAAUGUUAGUGCAGCAAAUGGAUGGGCAUCGGAUGGAAAGGUAGAGCUGAACUAUUUGCAGCAGACUUCACAAUCUGUGGUGGGAACCAUGGCUGAGACGAGCACGUCUGAGAGUGUCUCUACUUGGAAUCAGGUAUCACAGGGGACAAAUAAUGGUUACCCAGAACAUAUGGUUUUUGACCCACAAUAUCCUGGUUGGUAUUACGACACAAUAAUGCAAGAGUGGCGCUCCCUGGAAAGCUACACAUCAUCUGUUCAAUCAACAACUUUUCAAAAUCAUGAUCAGCUGAAACACAAUGAAUUUGCUUCUGCUGAUUCAUAUUCUCAAAAUACCAACAUUAUUUAUAGUGGAUAUGAGCAAGUUGACAAUUAUGGGUCACAUGGCUAUAAUAGCCAAGACAAGCAUGGUGGCUGGGGCAAGUCUUAUGGUGACUACAAUCAUCAAGGUUUGAAUAUGUGGCAACCUGACACUGUUGCUAAGACUGAUACUGUUUCAAAUUUUGAUAGAAACCAGCAGUUGCAUAAUUCUUAUGAUUCGAAUGUGUCCAUGUACAAUCAUGUGGAGCAGCAGAAAUCUUUUAAUUCUUUGGGAACUGUUCCCUCAUAUGACAAACUGAGUCAGGGUAAUGUGAAUGCUAAUGGGUUUGUUGGGUCACAAAGUUUUAUACCUAGUGGGAACUUCAGUCAGCAGUUUAAUCAGGGAAAUUUAAAGCAGAAUGAACAUAUGAACGUUUCAAAUGAUUACUAUAGCAGUCAGAAACCAGUAAAUUUUUCUGUGAACAACCAGCAGUUUUCUCAUGCUCACAACACUGGGAUAUCAUCUGCUGGGCGUCCUCCACAUGCCUUGGUUACGUUUGGAUUUGGUGGAAAGCUUGUAGUAAUGAAAGAUGGUGGUUCAAGUUCUCUGGGGAACACAUCAUUUGGAAGUCAGGCAUCUGUAGGAGGCUCAAUAUCUGUUCUGAAUUUGAUGGAGGUUAUAUCGGGAAAUACCAACAAUGCUCCAAAUAUUAGAGGCAGCACUUGUAAUUAUUUUCGUGCUCUCUGGCAACAAUCAUUUCCAGGUCCACUGGUGGGAGGCAACGUUGGAAGUAAAGAGUUGAAUAAAUGGAUUGAUGAGAGAAUUGCUAAUUGUGAAUCAGCUGACAUGGAUUAUAGAAAAGGAGAAGUACUGAAGUUGCUUCUCUCUUUGCUUAAAAUAGCUUGUCAACAUUAUGGAAAACUUCGAUCUCCUUUUGGCACUGAUGCUUCUUUGACGGAGAGUGAUGCUCCAGAAUCAGCAGUUGCAAAACUUUUUGCAUUUGCUAAGCAGAAUGGCUCACGAUUCAGUGAUUAUGGUGCUUUCAGCCACUGCUUGCAGAGUUUGCCAUCUGAAGGACAAAUUCAGGCAACUGCUUCUGAGGUACAAAAUCUUCUGGUUUCUGGUAGAAAAAAAGAGGCUUUACAGUGUGCACAAGUAGGCCAGUUGUGGGGACCUGCGCUUGUUCUUGCAUCACAGCUUGGUGAUCAGUUCUAUGUUGAUACGGUGAAGCAAAUGGCACUUCGCCAGCUGGUGGUAGGAUCACCUUUGCGGACAUUAUGUCUGCUAAUUGCAGGGCAACCAGCUGAUGUAUUUUCCAAUGGAACCACAACUGGUAUUCCUGGUGCUAUGUCUCAACAGCCUAUCCAGUUUGAGGCAAAUGGCAUGCUUGAUGAUUGGGAAGAGAAUUUGGCUGUAAUAACUGCAAACAGAACUAAAGAUGAUGAGCUUGUGAUUAUACAUCUUGGAGAUUGCCUAUGGAAGGAAAGAAGUGAGAUUACCGGUGCUCACAUAUGCUAUUUAGUGGCGGAAACCAACUUUGAAUCAUAUUCAGACAGUGCAAGACUGUGUCUUAUUGGAGCAGACCACUGGAAGCAUCCUCGUACCUAUGCUAAUCCAGAAGCUAUUCAGAGAACUGAAUUGUACGAAUAUUCAAAGGUGCUUGGCAACUCCCAGUAUAUCCUGCUACCAUUUCAGCCAUAUAAGUUGAUAUAUGCAUAUAUGCUGGCUGAAGUGGGCAAAGUUUCUGAUUCGUUGAAGUACUGUCAGGCAAUAUUAAAAUCUCUAAAGACUGGUCGUGCUCAAGAAGUGGAAACAUGGAAACAAUUAGUAUUAUCCCUUGAGGAGAGGAUUAGAACCCAUCAACAGGGCGGAUACGCUGCAAAUUUGGCUCCAGCAAAGUUAGUAGGUAAAUUGCUCAACUUUUUUGAUACUACUGCACACCGUGUUGUUGGGGGUCUACCACCACCUGUACCAACAACGUCACAAGGUAAUGAGCAUCAUCACCAGCCAAUGGUGCCUAGGGUAUCAGCUAGUCAGUCGACAAUGGCCAUGUCAUCAUUAAUGCCUUCUGCUUCAAUGGAGCCCAUAAGUGAAUGGGCAGCUGAUGGCAAUAGAAUGACAAUGCAUAACAGAAGUGUUUCUGAACCAGAUAUUGGUAGAACUCCAAGACAGGUUGAGUCGCCAAAGGAAGGAACCUCAUCUAGUGCACAAAGCAAAACGUCAGGUUCAGGCACAGCAUCUCGCUUUGGUCGUUUUGGUUUUGGUUCACAGCUUUUGCAAAAGACCGUAGGGCUAGUUUUAAGGCCCCGUUCAGAUCGACAGGCUAAAUUGGGUGAAAAGAACAAAUUCUAUUAUGAUGAAAAGCUUAAGAGAUGGGUAGAAGAAGGUGCUGAACCCCCAACUGAAGAAGCAGUCUUGCAACCCCCUCCAACAACUUCAGCCUUCCAGAACGGAAUGUCUGACUACAACUUGCAAUCUGCACUAAAGAGUGAUGGAUCUCCCACUAAUGGGAGCCCAACAUCUAAGACCCCAAAUCCUGUGGAGCACUCUUCAGGGAUUCCACCUAUUCCAACCAGUUCAAAUCAGUUCUCAGCUCGUGGGCGGAUGGGUGUACGAGCAAGGUAUGUUGACACCUUCAACCAAGGAGUUGGAAGCUCGGCAAAUUUAUUCCGGUCACCUUCUGUUCCAUCUGUCAAACCUGCUGUGUCUGCAAAUGCUAAGUUUUUUAUUCCCACGCCUCUUCUAUCAAGUGAAAAUUCAACAGAAACUAUAGCUGAAAAUGUACAAGAAAGUACAGGAUUAGCUGAAAAUCCUUCAACAUCUGUUGAUGACUCUUUCCAAUCUCCCUCAUCCUUUUCAAAAAUGAACUUGCAAAGGUUCCCAAGCAUGGAUAAUAUUACAAGGGAGAGAGCGAUAAAUGGCAAUGGCAAUGUACCCAUGUCAUCUCACUCUCGACGGACAGCAUCAUGGAGUGGAAGUUUCAAUGAUGCGUUUAGCCCCCCAAAAAUGGUGGAAACCAAACCUUUAGGAGAGGCACUGGGCAUGCCUCCCUCAUCUUUCAUGCCUGGUGAUCCUUCUAUGACGCAUAUGCCAAUGAAUGGUAGCAGUAUUGGAGAUGAGCUUCAUGAAGUGGAACUUUAGGGGAGUAAUGAAGAUGUAAAUACCAAGUUUUGUUCCUUGUGAUCAAUACAAUACUUGGGGUGGGCGUCAUUAUGCACAUCUCAAAAAGGCACGUUGUUUGCAACAGCAUCAGGAUUCAGAAAAGAGAGUAAAAUAUGAUCUGGACAAAAUUACCCUAGUCAAUUACCUCUCCUCUUAAUUGUAAGUCGAAAUGCCGUUGGCAUAUAUUUUACUGCAAACUAAGCUUAGGGUUUAUUUUAAUGUCACAAGAGUUGCCUCAAUCUAAUGCUUGAGAAGCUGAGGUUUUUUUUUUUUUUUUUUUUUUUCAACUGCAAAACGAAGGCGGCCUUCCCAGGCAUUGUUGUACAGUGCAUUUGUUCAUUUGUUGAAAACAGGAAAUGUCUCUUGAGCAUGAUAGAAGCAAGCCCCUCAAAGGUCUUGUCGAGGGACUAAAUAGUGUACUCAUUUGGAAUAGAAUAAAACGUUUGGUUUGCUCAA